AUGGGCAGUUUCUCUAGACGCAAUGAAGGGACCGACAACUAUCUCAUCAAUCAACCGAUGACCGUUCCAGGAUCGUAUAGCCAUUCAGAUGGCCAUGACUUUGGUGCAACAGGAUCGGCAUCCUAUCAUUUCCCCCAGCAUUCAUAUAGCCCAUAUGGAACUCAAUUUGCUCCGUCGUAUGGGCAACAUUCAAAUCUGCCAUCUGGAAUGCAUCAUUUACCGUAUGCAUCGGAUCAUACUAUUCCCUCCAUGUCUACCUCGGAUGAUAUGAGGCUCCAUCAGCCUCCUCCCCAGUACAUGCCCCAGUCACGCUAUCUGCAAUCAACCAGAUACCUUCCAUUGCGCAAUGCCCUCAAUGAAACGGACAUCGAAAGCCAGGAAUCCCGUAACGAAGGCACUUUGCUGUCAGAACCCGUGGUUCCUGCGCUGGACGGCUUUCCUGAUGUCAAAGAGUUUGAUCGGCUUAUGCAAAGCUACGUGGACGACUUGUCGGUGAAGAAACAAGAUAAAGCCUUGAUUCAUGCAAAGCGCGCACGGAAUAUCCGAACGGUGCUGAUUGACCCGAAAGAUACAGCAGUCGAAUCUGCUCAGUUCCGAUUCUGGGUCAAGAAAAUGUUCAAACUCGAAGGUGUCGGCAUUGGUACCACGGAUUGUCGAAAGAUGAUCUGCCAUGAGGGGAAGCCCGUUGCCAUACGCGAAAAGCUGUUCAAAAUCCUCACCAAGGCGCAUCAGCAAUGCCAGCAUGGCGGUCGUGACAAAACAUCGGCACAGGUUCGCCGGAUCUAUUCAUGGGUGCCGAAGGAGCUGAUUUCCCGGUUUGUGAAGAUUUGCCCAACGUGCCAGGUUCGGCGUGGAGGCUCACGUCUGACGCCACCUAAUUCUCGACGGGGGUCUCCUCGGUUGGAAAUGAUGCCGCGUUCCCCCAAACUCCCAUCUCCUCCAAUAUCCAGACGUGAGUCGACCUUCGGAGGCCAGAUGACGCUGGACCGAACACAGUCGGACUAUUUCACCCAGAUGCAUGGCCACAGCGGGUGGAUUGACAGCCAUCAAAAUCUACAGGGUCGCUCCGCUUUGAGUGCUGGGGUUAGAUCUUUCCACGGCCCAAUGGGUAAUAUUCCUCACUCGAUUGCCGGGACAUUGGAUGCUUUCUCUACCGACAUGUCUAUGCCCCCGUCUCAGCUGAGUUACACUACGGGGUAUGUACCUACCCAUGGCAGCCCGACCCCGCGAGAGUUCUAG